AUGGCCCCCCACAGCCUGUGGCUGCUCCUGGUGCUGAGCUGUGUAGCCAGCACUGAAGUCCUGGGUAACGUCCUCAUGAGACCCAGCUGUGCGCCUGGAUGGUUUUACCACCUGUCCAAUUGCUACGGAUACUUCCGGAAGCUAAGGAGCUGGUCUGAAGCUGAGCUCGAGUGUCAGUCCUACGGAAACGGAGCCCACCUAGCGUCUCUCCAGAAUGUAAAAGAAGCCACCAUCGUAGCAAAACACAUAACUGGCUACCAAAGAAACCAGCCCGUGUGGAUCGGCCUGCACGACCCACAAAAGAAGCAACAAUGGCAGUGGAUCGAUGGGGCCUUCUCUGGCUACAGAAGCUGGUCUGGCGCGUCCAGGCGUAGGGACGAGCACUGUGUGGAGAUGAGCUUCAAGGACAAUUUUUUGACCUGGGAGAGCAAUGACUGCAGCAAGCACCGGCACUUCCUGUGCAAAUACCAGCCAUAG